AUGUCUUCUAUACCAGCAGCCGAAGAAAUUGAUGAAGCGAAAGAACGCGCCCAUUUUCAAGCCGUUGUAAAUGCUUUUAAAUACUAUAAAUUAUGCUGCUUAGACAGAAUACACAAAUCUGAAAAAAUAAUAUCAAUAUUGCCAGAUUUACAUCAAAAGAGAUUAGAAAAAUACCGAUCCUACCUCACUAAGUUUAAAAAUUGUCUUGAUGUCAAUAACAGUGUUGUUCACCUCAUAAUAAAACAUGUUGACACAAUGUUUGAGAAUGUAGACCAUACAAUAGAUCCAGCUGAGACAAAUGGUACAGAAAUUGGAUGUAAUUAUAAUAAUUGUGAUAUUAGCUCACACAAAAAACAUAAAAUGCAGCAUGACAUUGAAAAGGUACAAACAGUAAUUAAGAAUAUUGUAAGAGAUUGGAGUGAGGCUGGGGCAGCUGAAAGAGAACAGUGUUAUAAACCUAUAUUAGAUGAGUUAGAAGCGAGAUAUCCCAAGCAAGAAUUCAUUGACAGGUCACACAUUAAAGUAUUAGUGCCAGGAGCAGGUCUUGGAAGGUUAGCUUGGGAAAUAGCCGCCAGAGGAUUCUCCUGCCAGGGGAAUGAGUUCUCAUUGUUCAUGCUCUUUGCCAGUAAUUUUUUAUUGAAUAAAUGCCACGAGGCAAAUGAAUACACAGUGUAUCCUUGGGUGCAUCAAUAUGUGAACCACAUGACCAGCGAACACCAAGUGACACAAGCCACCUUCCCCGAUAUACCACCUUCGAGUCACCAAUCCCACUUCUCUAUCACAGCCGGCGAUUUCCUAAAGGUAUACAAAACAGCUGAUGAUUGGGAUUGUGUGGCAAGUUGCUUCUUCAUAGACUGUGCGCCAAAUGUAAUUGAAUUUAUUGAAAGGAUCUACGAAAUAUUGAAGCCCGGUGGUAUAUGGAUUAAUUUAGGACCGCUUUUGUAUCAUUAUAGCGACAUGCCAAAUGAGAUAAGCAUAGAACCGCCAUACGAUAUAUUGAAGGACAUAAUUUCAGAUGUCGGCUUUGAAAUAUUGAAAGAGAAAACCGGUGUAAAAACGAAAUACGCCCAAAACCCCAACUCGAUGCUACAAAACGAGUACAAUUCAGUAUAUUUUGUUUGUAGGAAACCCUCUAGUUAA